AUGUCGUUUGUCGAACAGAUAGAUACUUUCGCUUCUAGAAUAGGCCAGGAAGAGGAAUUGGUUAAGAGGUAUUCAAUUUUAAGUGAGUUAUGUGAUGUGAUAGAUUCGAUAACGCAAUCAGGCGAUUAUGAGUAUUUUUUGAAGACAAGUAUUCCGAUAUUAUUGCAGCAAUUGCAGAAUGUUUCAGUUUUGCUGAAUGUUGGUUCUUUGGAACAUAAACUACGGAACUCUGUGUUGGAGAUUUUAAACCGUUGUUUGAUGAAUGAUAAAUUUGAGCCUUAUGUGGUGGAUGUUACGGAGACGCUAUUAGUAGUUUUGAAGGAGGAGAAUGAUGAGAAUGGUGUUUUAUGCAUGAAAAUCUUAACAUCUCUGUUCAAGUCAUUCAAGCAACCUUUACAGGACAGGGUGGAGGAGUUUAUCUCUAUCAUACUUGAGAUAUACAGAAAUGUUCCAACGUUGGUAAGAGAGACUUUUGAUGAUGAGAAUGAUGAGGGUGUUUUGGAGAGUAAGGAUGAAUUGAAUUCAUUAUCGCAAGAGGUAGAUUCUGAAAACGGUAGUAACCCCAAGAAGUUAAGGAAGUCUAUGUUUUCGUUUAAAAGCUUGGCUGAAUGCCCAAUUACAAUGGUUACAUUGUAUUCAUCAUAUAAAAGACUUACCAUGACAUCCCUACCGCAAUUUCUACCUUUGGUUAUAGAUUUGUUGACAUUAGAAGUUGAACAACAAAAGAGAGCGCGCGAAGAAGCCGAGGCUCGAGGGGAUAGGUUAAUCAGCGUCUGUCCUGGUAUUGUGAAUCGACAAGCUUUUUUUGAAUAUAUUUUGGCCCAAAUAAAGGCGACAUCAUUUUUAGCAUAUGUUUUUAUUCGGGGCCACGCACCAGAAUACCUGCAGAACCAUGUAGCUGUAGUGCCAGACCUUGUAAUGAGAUUGCUACAGGACUGUCCCAGUGAAUUAUCCACUGCUAGGAAAGAGCUACUUCAUGCGACGCGCCAUAUUUUAUCGACCAACUAUAAGAAAUUAUUUUUAGCCAAGAUAGACUUAAUGUUUGAUCAACGUUUAUUGAUUGGGGAUGGAUUUACUUCUCAUGAGACAUUAAGGCCUCUGGCAUAUAGUACGGUUGCAGACUUUAUUCACAACGUAAGGGGGGAAUUACAGCUAGACGACAUUGAAAAGACAGUUUUGAUGUAUACUAAAUUUUUAUCGGAUGACUCACUGGCUCUGACUGUUCAGAUAAUGAGCGCGAAGUUGUUACUGAAUUUAAUUGAACGCAUCCUAAAGUUGGGAAAGGAAAAUCCAAAGGACAUUUCAAGGGCUAAGAAAUUAUUGAUGAGUAUUAUUGAAUCGUAUGCUUCAAGAUUUAAGAAUUUAAAUGCACAGUACCAGAAUAUUUUGAAACAUCACAAAAUUUACGAAGGCAACAAGGCUAAGAAAACAAAGGAGAUCCAAGAGAGAAUGGAGGCUGAUAAUAAGAGUACUGAAGAAUUUCUAAAAAAAGUUUUGAAUAAUAGGGAUGAACUUCUACCGAAAGUUGAGCCUGCUCAGACGGAUGCAGAUGAUAUAUCGAUGGACGAUACUAAUAAGGACUUUGACAUGUUCGAUAUUAAAUAUUAUGCGCCAAUUAGAUUAAGUGCACCACCAAGUACGGAUCCAUUAAAAGAUGCCUUUUAUCUAUACCGGACCUUGUUGUCAUUCUUAAAGACAAUCGUUCAUGAUGUAAAGGUUUUCAACCCACCUUCAAAUGAAUUAACCACAAUGAACCCUAAAAUGUGGUCCGCUCUUUCAAGAGUAUUCAGUUAUGAAGAAGUAAUAAUAUUGAAAAAGCUUUUCCACGAAUGUAUUGCUGGAUUAUAUUUAUUUUCUAACAACCCAGGUGCUCCUUCUGUCCCAGAAAAGAAGUACUUUGACAUUACCACUCCAAGUUUACCUGUAUCUGCAACCAAAGAUGGUCGGGAAUUAAUGGACUACUUUGCCAUCAUCUUCAUGCAAAUUGACAGUCCAACCUUUAAUGAAAUAGUAGAAGGCGAAAUUGAGUUUAUGUAUGAAUCAAUGCUUCGCGAUUCUGCCUUGUUACAUGUUGCACAGUCAUUCUUGACCAGCGAAAUAACUUCGCCUAAUUUCACCGGUAUUUUAUUAAGAUUCUUGAAGUUCAAAUUAAAAGAUCUAGGCAAUGUUGAUGGUAAUAAAUCCAAUAUUUUGAUUCGUCUAUUUAAGUUAUCAUUUAUGUCAGUCAAUCUGUUUCCAGCUAGUAACGAGGCUGUUUUACUACCACAUCUGAAUGAUUUGAUAUUAGACUCCAUAAAGUAUUCAACUACUGUACACGAACCGCUGGUAUACUUCUAUCUGAUAAGAACUUUAUUCAGGAGUAUCGGUGGUGGUAGGUUUGAAAACCUGUACAGAUCCAUUAAGCCAAUUUUACAAGUUUUAUUGCAAUCUCUAAACAGAAUGAUUUUAACUGCUAGACGUCCUCAUGAAAGAGAUUUGUAUGUUGAGUUAUGUUUGACAGUGCCUGUGAGAUUAAGCGUGUUAGCCCCAUAUUUGCAUUAUUUAAUGCGCCCAUUAGUAUACGCUCUUCAGGGCUUCCCUGAAUUGAUAACACAAGGUCUUCGAACGCUCGAGUUGUGUAUUGAUAAUCUAACUGCAGAAUAUUUUGAUCCAAUUAUUGAACCAGUUGUUGAAGACGUUAUUACUGCGUUGUUUAAAUUAUUGAAACCACAGCCUUUUAACCACCAAAUUAGCCACACUGCUGUCAGGAUUAUGGGUAAAUUGGGAGGACGUAACCGUCGCUUCUUAAAGCCCCCAUCUGACCUUAGAACUCAAGAGGAAUUAGAUAUUGAAGUGGAUGCAUUAUUCAAGGUUCACGGAUUUAACGAAGAAGUACCUCUUUCAAUAACAAGUGGUAUUAGUUCUGCCUUGGAUAUUUUACAUGAUCAUCGUGCCGAUAUUUAUUACCGACAGAGUGCUUUCAAGUACAUAUCGACGACACUGAAAUUAUUUAUAAAUUCUUCAGCAUCAUCUAUCAACAAUAUUUCACCCUAUUUGGAGAAGGCAGUUGAAGCUUUGAAUAAUGAUAAGUUCGAAAAUGAUUCCUCAGUUGAAGAAAAGCCUCUGUUAGAUCCAAGAGGCCUAAAUAACCAGGAGAAACUGUUAGUCAGGUUGCUAGAAUCUUUGUUUUUCGCAACAUCGAUUGAACAACUUCGAGACGAAUCGAGGGACUUAUUUUUGCAUAUUUUGGACCACUUUAGUUUACUUCAAGUGAACAGCACAUUAAUGGCAAAGAAGGGUCAAUCUGAGGUGUUCACGGUUGAUAUAAAACAGCAGAACUUUCACAUAAGGAACGAUGUGAUAAUCGAUGGUAUAGUAUCCGGAUUGUCGUCAUAUUUAGCUGAUUCAAGAAACCUAGCUGUUGACAGCAUAAAGCGGAUGCAUGAGAAUGGCAAGAUAAUAUAUGGAGAGGCAUAUUUGGAACAUUCGUUUUUAGCUUUAACAAAGAAAUUGAUUCAUUGCUUUUAUGAUGAAGCAUAUUAUAACAAGAUUGCAGGUGUGCUCGGUAUAAGAACUCUAGUAGAAGACCUACAAGUGUCUGUCGAGUAUUUAAGGAAAUUUCAAUUUGAGUUGGUCGCUGGGCUGUUAUUUGUUUUAAAGGACACGCCAGCUGGAGCACCAGCUAUAAUAUGCAGUGGUGCAGAAAAUUUAAUUUUAAGUAUCUUAAGGAAGACAUGCAGUGGAAUCAGCGAAUCCGAUUUAUGUGAAAAGCGACUGCAAAAUUCUUUAACUGAUAUCGUUUGUGAGUUAAGCAAUCAGAAUGAAACUGUAAGAAAGGCCUGCCAAGCUGCUUUAAAGACAGUUUCCGAGGCAGCAAAUAUCCAAAUAUCAAAGUUGAUGGAACACUCAAGAAAUUUUCUAUUAUCUCCCAUCUUUGCAAAACCAUUACGAGCUUUGCCAUUCCCUAUGCAGAUUGGUAACGUGGAUGCAGUGAUUUACUGCUUGAGUUUACCCGACACCUUCUUGGAUUUCAACGAGGAGUUGUUGCGUCUGUUGCAUGAAGCAAUCGCAUUAGUUGAUGCAGAAGAUGUUUCUUUAACGACCAUACCCCGAAUUACCGAAUAUCAAACAGCAAAACAGCUAGUGGAACUAAGGGUUGUCUGUAUUAAACUAUUAGCAUUGUCGUUAAAAAGCGAUAAGUUUUCAAAUGCCCAGCAAGGAAGCAUUAGAAUUAGAAUUUUGGCAGUUUUCUUUAAAACUAUGCUGAAGACUUCUCCAGAAAUAAUCGAUGCUACAUACCAGGGGUUAAAGGAAGUGCUUGCAGAGAACUCGAAGUUACCAAAAGAGUUACUACAAAAUGGUUUAAAACCUAUGCUAAUGAAUUUGUCUGAUCAUCAGAAGUUGACAGUUCCAGGAUUAGAAGCGCUAGCUAGGUUGUUAGAACUAUUAAUCGCUUAUUUUAAGGUUGAAAUUGGCAAGAAGUUAUUGGAUCAUCUUGAUGCAUGGUGUAGAAUAGGUGUGUUAGAUACUCUGUUCGGAAAAGAUUUAUUGGAGCAGGUUCCAACUAAAAUCAUUUCUAGCAUCAUUAACAUAUUCCAUCUGCUUCCACCUCAGGCUGAUAUCUUUUUGGAUGAUUUGGUACUCAAGUUAAUGUUGGUAGAAAAGAGAUUGAGAUUACAAAUGGAUUCUCCAUUCAGAACUCCUUUGGCCAAAUACUUGAAUAGAUUUUCCACUUCAGUCAUUGUAUAUUUCAAAAGAAAUCUAACUUCUAGGCAGCUAGUUUUACUGUUUUGCUCGAUCAUAAAGAGACCGGAGGCUAAAGAUCUACGAAUUGCGUUUGAAGAUGAGUUAGAUGUUUUCUACCAGUACUAUAUGGAAAACAUUCCGAAUAACAGGGUUCGUGUCGUCAGUUUUUUUGCGAAUUCUGUAGACUUAUUUAAUGUUUUAUCCGAAUCUAACACCGAUCAAUGGUUCUUGGAACACCGAAAUAUGGUAUUCAAAUUGAAAAACAUGCUGGAUAUCACUCUAAAUAUUAUACGCGAGGACAAGUUUGAAUAUGAUGCUCUGCAAUUAAAUCAGGCUAUUGAGAAGUUCCAGGCAAUAUAUUUGAAAUUCAUGGAGCUUAACAUAUCUGAUCCAGUUAUUUUGUUAAAUAUAAUUGAAUUCUCUCAAGUCGCUGGAUUUCAACUAGAGCAUACCUUUGAUUGUUUCAUUUAUGAAAAUAUUAUUUCCACAAACAAUAUUGAGCAGAAGUUACUAUACUUAAAAGCCUGUCUGUCUUUUUGCACUAGUGACAAACCAUUAGAAGCUAUUAUCUGCGUUUUAAGACAGAUUCUUAAUGCAACUUUCAUUUACGAGGGCUACGUUACAGGAUCUUUAAAGAGGUUUAUCGAAGGUGAAUCAAAAAUACCGGAUUGGUUGGUUUUCGUGUACGAAAAGAUUUGGAAGAAUCCAAACAGUAUCAUUUGUGCUAAUCUAGCAGGUAGAUAUGAUGCAUUUCACUUUGAAUUAUUACAACUUUCAGCUUGUUUUAUUAAAUUUGCCCCAGACAUGGUAUCUGACAUAAAAAAAGAUAUCAUAAAGUUUGCCUGGAAUUUCAUUAAACUUGAGGAUAUUCAAGUAAAACAGGCUGCCUAUAUGGUCACUGCAUUGUUUAUCGCAAAUUUUGAAUUCCCCGUUAAGGUUGUAACUCAAAUAUUUGUUGCCAUUUUGAGAUCGUUCCAAAUUGAAGCACGUUAUUUAGUCAAGCAAUCCUUAGACUUAUUAGCGCCUGUGAUGCCUGAACGUUUGACAAACUCAGAGCAACCAAAUGCAUGGGUUAAUUGGGUAAGAAGAGUAAUUUCUGAAAGCAAUCCACAUCAAAGCGUCACCUUGUACCAAUUUUUAGUUAGUCAAAAGGAUGCAUUUUAUGAGUCAAGGGAUAUGUUCAUUCCAAAUUUGAUCAACUAUAUUAGCAAGCCGACUCUCUUAGCCAAUCCAUCUAUCGAGAACCAGAUAUUAGCAAUAGACAUUGCAGAAUUAAUUCUAUUUUGGGAGAAGAAGUCAAUGGAAGGUAGUUCAUAUGUUGAAGAAGAUGAUGACGUUCACAUGCAGGAUGUUAAUCAUACAGAGUCGUCAACCCCACUUCCUCAGCGAGAGGCUUUUGCUGCAUUUUUAAUUCGGUUCAUUUGUGUGAGUAAUCACAGAGCGUGUGAAACUGAGUUAGGGUCCAGGGCACUAUACAUUCUUUCAGAGUUACUGUCUACCGGUUACUUACCAGAUGCAGUUGUAAAACUUUCCUUCUUUGAGAAGUUUUUAGUACAACAGGAUGUUCAGUCUGCCAACUUACUGUAUUACUGUAUGAAUGCUUUAGAUGUGUUGGAUGUGAUUUUUAGGAAUAAAGAGCCUUCCUGGAUAAUUAAAAGUUUACCCGUUAUUCAAAACUUACUUGAUAAAUGCAUUCAUGUUAGUCACCAUGAUAUUCAAGAAGUUCUACAAAAGGUUCUUAAUACAGUUUUGAAAGCAAUUAGAGAAACAGGUAUUUCUUUUGACUCUGAAGAGGAAACGCCAGCUAAAACAUUUGUAAACACAUUAGUGUCAACAAUCUCGGAAGAUUUAAACGGUACUGCUUCAGUUGCUGCGGGCAUUACUUUAGCAUGGAUACUCUUCAUGAAUUUCCCGCAACAGAUAGAUUCACACUUGUCACUAAUGAUGAGGACCUUCAACAAAUUAUGCAAGGAUCACUUGACAAUUUCUCAACCUAAAGAUGCUUCUGCCAUGGAGGAAGCGAAGAUUACUACAAAAUUGUUAGAAAAGAUGUUUUAUUUAUUAUCAAUGAAGAUUUCUGUUCUUGGAGAUGCGCGCAGACCAUUUUUAUCCACAGUUGCCCUGUUAAUCGAUCGCUCGAUGGAUCAGCGUUUUUUACAGAAAAUUGUUGUUGUUGCAAGGAAUUGGGUAUUCACGAAUGAUAUUUUCCCCACAGUGAAAGAGAAGGCUGCCAUUUUGACCAAAAUGUUAGCAUUUGAGAUCAGGGGUGAACCAACUUUGUGUAAACAAUUCUACCAAAUAAUUUUAGAAUUGUUCGAAAACAAGAGUUUCAACAACAGCGAAAUAACUGUAAGGAUGGAACAACCAUUUUUAGUUGGUACCAGAGUCAGCGAUAUUUCUAUUAGAAAGAAGCUGUUAUCUAUAUUAGAUGCUAGUUUGGAAAAAGAUAUUAGAGAAAGAUUAUAUUAUGUUAUUAGGGAUCAAAAUUGGGAGUUUAUUGCCGACUAUAUGUGGUUAAACCAAGCACUGCAGCUUUUGUAUGGAGCUUUUGACAGGGAACACAAGCUAAAAAUUCAAACCGACUUCCUUAUUGCUCCUCUAGAUUCGGUAAAACGUAAUUUCGCAGACAUGGACAAUUUUACGGCAUCCAAGUCAUUGGAAGAAUUCGUUGAAAACCACGCCAAGUUUAUUGAUACUAUUUCUGAAACGACAUGUAAUGAUCUAAUUGAACCUCUUUUUGAUGUGUUCUUUUUGAGUCCUGCAGCUGUUCGUAAUGCAUGGAUAUCUGUAUUUCCUGUUGCUUGUCGAUCUAUCCCAAGGAAUGAAAAGUACGGUUUUAUUCGUUCGUUGGUCUCUCUUUUGUCCAAAGAUUAUCAUUCCAAACAAGCAAACGCCAGAAUUAAUGUUGUUAACACUUUAUUAGAUUCUAUUAGUAGGGUUGACUCCUUGGAAUUGCCUCCACAUUUGGUAAAAUAUCUGGCUACUUCGUAUAAUUCUUGGUACCAGUCAAUCAGUAUCUUGGAAUCCAUGGAAGAAAGUGGGUCUAUAGACAAUACCAAGAUCCUUGAAGCAAAUGAAGAUGCUUUGUUGGAACUAUAUGUCUGUUUGCAAGAAGAAGAUAUGUUCUAUGGUUUGUGGCGUCGACGUGCUAAAUACACAGAGACGAACAUUGCAUUGUCUUAUGAACAGAUUGGCCUAUGGGAUAAAGCACAACAAAUGUAUGAAACUGCUCAAGUUAAAGCACGCAGCGGAGCUUUACCGUACUCUGAAUCAGAAUAUUCUUUGUGGGAGGACAAUUGGAUUUUGUGUGCUGAAAAAUUACAAAAUUGGGAUGUUUUGACAGAAUUAGCUAAACACGAAGGGUUUACGGACUUGUUACUAGAAUGUGGUUGGAGAGUUGCAGAUUGGAAUUCAGAUAAGGAAGCACUAGAGCAGUCUAUUAAGAGCGUCAUGGAUGUUCCUACUCCCCGUAGACAAAUCUUUGAAACGUUCUUAAAUUUGCAGAGUUUCGCAGAAACUAAAAAAGGCGAUCAAGAUAUUCGAAGGUUAUGUGACGAAGGUAUUCAGCUAAGUCUUCAUAAGUGGGCAUCAAUGCCAGAAAGGUUUACACCUUCUCAUACAUUCUUGUUGCAUGCUUUCCAGCAGUAUAUGGAAUUUAUGGAAGCUGCUCAGGCUUAUGCCAACUUAGCUACAACUACAGUACAAAAUCUGGAUACCAAAGCUCAAGAAAUAAAGCGUGUAUUACAGGCUUGGCGUGAUCGGUUGCCUAAUAUUUGGGACGAUAUUAAUAUUUGGAAUGAUUUAGUUACUUGGAGACAGCACGCUUUCCAUGUUAUAAACAAUGCCUACUUGCCACUGGUCCCUGCGCUACAGCAGUCCAACAGCAAUAGCAACAUUAGCACACAUGCUUAUCGUGGCUAUCAUGAGAUUGCUUGGGUAAUUAACAGAUUCGCCCAUGUUGCAAGGAAGCAUAAUAUGCCAGAUGUUUGUAUUGGCCAGUUGGCUAGAAUAUACACUCUGCCAAAUAUUGAGAUCCAGGAAGCCUUCCUGAAAUUAAGAGAGCAAGCGAAAUGUCACUAUCAGAGUAUGAACGAAUUGACUACAGGCUUAGAUGUUAUAAGUAACACCAACUUGGUUUACUUCAGUACCGUUCAAAAAGCCGAAUUUUUUACUUUAAAAGGUAUGUUUUUAUCUAAAUUGAGAGCGCAUGAUGAAGCAAAUCAAGCGUUUGCUACAGCGGUGCAAAUAGACUUAAAUUUGGCUAAAGCUUGGGCACAAUGGGGAUUUUUCAAUGACCGUCGUCUAUCCGAAGAACCUAAUAGCAUCAAUUUUGCAAAUAAUGCCAUUAGUUGCUAUUUACAAGCUGCUGGUUUAUACAAGAGUUCCAAAACAAGAAAACUUUUGUGUAGAGUUUUAUGGUUGAUAGGUUUGGAUGAUGCAUCUGGUUCUCUUGCUCAUGCCUUUGAGUCUUUUCGUGGCGAAGUUCCAGUGUGGUAUUGGAUUACCUUUAUUCCACAACUCUUAACUUCCUUAUCUCAUAAGGAGGCCAAACUUGUACGCCAGAUAUUGAUUCGUAUUGCCAAGAGCUUUCCCCAGACUCUGCAUUUUCAAUUACGUACUACUAAGGAAGACUUUGCCGUUAUUCAACGUCACACAAUGGCAGCUGUUGCAAAAUCUCGUAUGGGUUCGAACAAUGAUAAUGCGUCCCCAGAUGAUAAAAUUGCUCGUCAACCAUGGGAAUACUUGGAUGAAUUAAAUGGAAUUUUGAAAACAGCUUAUCCUUUGCUUGCUCUAUCACUAGAAUCUUUAGUUGAUCAGAUAAAUCAAAAGUUUAAAACCACACCAGAUGAAGAUCUUUUUAGACUGAUUAAUGUUUUACUAAUUGAUGGUACUUAUAAUUAUAACCGAUUGCCAUAUCCCAGGGAGAAUCCUAGGCUCCCAUCGAACACAGAAGCUAACCUUGUCAGAUUUUCAGAAAAUCUUCUUCCUCCUCAUAUUCGUGUCAAAUUCAACGCCGAUUUUAUUGAUAGCAAGCCUGAUUUCGAUACCUACAUUAAAAGAUUACGUCACUGGAGAAACCGAUUGGAAUAUAAGUUGGACAGAACCCCCCAAGUCGAAAAUAUGGAGAACAUCUGUCCUCACUUGAGUAACUUCCAUCAUCAGAAAUUUGAAGAUAUAGAGAUACCUGGUCAAUACUUACUAAACAAAGACAACAAUAACCAUUUUAUCAAGAUCGCAAGGUUUUUGCCAAAUGUUGACUUCGUCCGCGGAACUCAUUCCUCAUACAAAAGGCUAACAAUCCGUGGGCAUGAUGGCAGUCUACACUCAUUUGCCGUUCAGUAUCCAGCCGUUCGUCAUUCAAGGCGGGAGGAAAGAAUGUUUCAAAUGUUUAGACUUUUUAAUGAAACACUUUCUAAGAAUGUUCAAACCAGACGUCGUGAUAUCCAGUUUACUUUACCAAUUGCAGUUCCACUUUCUCCGCAAGUUAGGAUUAUAAAUGACUCUAAUUCAUUAGUAACCUUACAUGAAAUAUACAAUAAUUAUUGCUUAAAGAAUAACAUAGAUCGAGAUGCAAUUCAAGAUUUUGUUACCGAACAAUUGAACGUCGCAUAUCACAAGGCCUUACCAACCCCUGAUAUUACUGCUGUAAGAGUUGAAAUUUUCAGUUCUAUUCAGUCCAUGUUUUUACCGUCCACUAUUGUGAAGGACUAUUUUAAAACAUUGUUCACUGAGUUUGAAGAUUUCUGGUUGUUUAGAAAACAGUUUUCUUCCCAAUAUGGUGCUUUUGUAUUCAUGUCCUAUAUGAUGUCUAUCAACAAUCGCUCGCCUCACAAGAUUUUCAUAGAUGAAAAAUCUGGUAAUGUUCAUACUUUAGAAAUGUUACCAGCAAGGUAUCAUUACGAAAGAGUGAAACAGUUUGUUAAAUCAUUUGAGGCUAGCAUCCCUAACGAUGCGCCCGUAUUCCACAACAAUGAAACUGUGCCAUUUAGAUUGACACCAAAUAUUCAGAAGCUAAUAGGUGAAUCUGCUAUGGAAGGAAUAUUUGCAGUGAAUAUAUUUGCUAUAGCUCGCGCUCUGUUAGAGCCAGAUUAUGAAUUGAACACAUAUCUGUCGUUGUUCAUUCGUGAUGAAGUUAUCUCUUGGUAUAGCAGUAUGCAUAGGUCUAUCGUGGAGGAUCCCCAAUUGCGUGAGAUUGUUGCCACGAAUGUUGACUUGAUCAGCAGAAGGAUAGCUCAAAUGGGUCAUUUGAGUUCUUCACCUUCAGUGGCCACCCAAUAUGUCCUAGAUGCAAUUAGUGCCGCCGUCAGUCCAAGAAAUCUGGCUAAGGCCGACCAAAGUUUUAUGCCUUGGUUGUAA